UUACCAUAAAUUGCUACAAUUAAAACCAUGGAUACUCAAAUCAGAUUGAUAAUUGUCUCAGUUUCCAACUGUCCCGUGUUAGGGCAACUUGUAUUCAAUAGUCAAACUAGUUGACAAUUGAUUCGUACUGGAAUCAAUAGGUAACAAAUAAAUCGACUCAACGACCAAUUUUGGGCUCCUUUUCAUCCUCUUUUCAUCUUUAGCCUCUUAUUUUAAUCAUCCAAAAUGGAUUUUAAUUUGUUGACCAGAAUAACCCUGCUGUUGGUUAUCAUGUAUUCAUCAGUAACCAUUGAACCAACCCACGGACAAUUGUUGUCAUCAGCUUUUACCAGAUUCAGAGAUUUCAGGACUAACCUCAUAGGCGGUAUUCUUGGUAGGACCCCGAUUUCGGGUGACAUGAUGUCUUAUACUACACUGACUGGAGCUGCUCAAAACAUCGGUAACUCGCAAUCUCUUGAAAUUGCCCGACAAUUUAUGACUGUGGUAGCAUCAUCUUUUGGACCACUGGCAGUUCCAUAUUCACUUGAUUUUACUCUUUCAAGAACUAUUAAUGAAACUUAUGAUUAUAUCAUUGUUGGCGGUGGUUCGGCUGGAGCUACUUUGGCUGCUCGUUUAUCGGAAAAUCCUAAUGUUCGUAUUUUACUGAUUGAAGCUGGUGGAGAGGAAAACAUUUUAAGUACCAUUCCAAUUGCUGCCUUUUUGCUUCAAAAGUCACCUCUUGAUUGGUCUUAUCAAUCGGUACCUCAGUCACGAGCUGCCUUUGGAUUAAAUGGUAAUCGUAUUCCUUGUCCUCGAGGUAAAGCUGUCGGUGGUGGAUCUUCAAUCAAUUACAUGUUGUAUGUUAGAGGUAACAAGAUGGAUUACGAUCGAUGGGGCCAACUUGGUGCUGCUGGUUGGAAUUACUCUUCAGUCUCACCUUACUUUAUCAAAAUGGAAGGGUCAAGAGAUCCUCAAGGUGAUCCAGGUUACCAUGGGACAACUGGACCUUUGACUGUAACUCCUCUUCAAGACACAUUUGAUGUAGACAAAGCCUUCUUGGAAGGUGUUAGACAAUAUGGUCUCAAAGUUGGUGACUUGAAUGGUGAAGAUCAGGAGAAAUUCAUGUACUCUCGAUUCACUAUCCGAGAUGGUAAACGUUGUUCAACUGCUCGAGCCUAUUUGGGCCCAGCUUCAGGUCGUCGUAAUCUUCAUGUAGUCAUUUUUGCUCGAGCCUACAAAAUACUGUUUGACAAUAACAAGCGAGCCAUUGGAGUUCUCUUUGAGAAAGACGGAGGAAAAUUCCAAGUUUUUGCACGACAAGAAGUUAUCUUAUCUGCUGGAGCCCUGAACACACCUCAACUUUUGAUGCUCUCCGGUAUUGGACCAAGAGAUCAAUUAGCUAAAUUCAAUAUUCCACUUGUCCAACAUUCACCCGGAGUGGGUAAUAAUUUACAAGAACACGCAUUCACAUUGCUCAUGUUUACCACUAAAUUUGGUUCAAGUUUUGUUUACACUCGAAUAAGAACCGCCGUUGAUGCUGCAAAAUACGCAUUCGGUGGUACUGGAUCAUUUGCAUCACCAGGACUAAAUGUUAUCGGUUUUUGGCGAAGUCCAGAGGCUUACGAUGCAAGACCCGAUAUUCAAAUUCACGAAUUAGACUACAUUCCAGGAGGAUCUUUCCCUAACUUUGUUUUAGGUUACAUCCUUAACUUGAACAGAGAUGUCUUGUUCAAGUAUUUGGCCCCUUACAGUUUGAGUGAUGGAACUAUGUACGCUGUAACCUUGGUUCGACCUCGCAGUACCGGAACAGUAACAUUAGCCUCAGCUAACCCAAGAGACGCUCCCAUCAUUGACUACAACCUAUUCCAAGAUCCUCGUGAUCUUGAAGCAAUGGUCCAAGGUUGUAAAUUGAUUUUAAAUAUCACACAAACUCCAGCUAUGCAAGCAAUCGAAACUAAACAAUUUAAUACUCCGUUGAUUCCUUGUUCAAAAUAUCCCUUCAACUCUGACCCUUACCUUCGGUGUCUCGUUCAAACCCUUACAUACACUAUCUACCAUCCAACAAGUACAGCCAAAAUGGGUGAUGAUAAUGACCCAAUGGCUGUUCUUGAUCCAUAUCUUCGGGUUCGUGGAGUCGCCGGUCUUCGGGUAAUCGAUGCUUCAGCUAUGCCUGAGGUUCCCACUGGAAACACAAAUGUACCGACAAUUGUGCUUGCUGAAAGAGCUGCUGAUUUGAUUAAGGGACAAACACUGAAACCUCGAAGUCUCCCUUACUCAAGUCAAGAAUCAAUAUUAUCAUAUAAUUAAUGUGAUAAUUAGCUCAUUCGGAAGGAAAACAAAACGGAAAUAUCAUGAACCCAAUGGAAAACGAAUCAGAAGAAACUUCAAUUUGAUCUCAUCCAUUAAAUAUAAUUUUCCUAAUGAAACAGUUUUAAACAAACUAAAAGCCAACUACUAGACAAACUAAAGACUAUAUCGAUUGUUGAUUUAUUGUUAAUUUUGUUGACCCAAGAACCAAUUAUGGUUCAAUUAUUUAAAUAAAACACAUUGCAAUUGAUAUGCAACUAAUAUAA